AUUAGAAAAUAUCGUGUUGGUUUGAAUGAUUAUGGCAUACUAUUUUAAAUAGAAAGUUAAUUAUAAUUUUUUUAGUAAAAAUGUUAUUAAUUCAUACUGGUGAUUCACGUGUCAAACUAUUAUUCCUUUAAAAAAUUAUUCCUUCUCUUUUAAAAAGUUUAGCAAGUCAGUUUGCAUUUUCUCCAGGAAAUUAUAGAAUGUUCUAGAUCCGAGGUUAUAAAAGCUGAUUGGCUGAAUCCUCGACUGAACAUUGAACUGAAGUUCUCAACCUCAACCAACAAUAUUCUAUCUCUAUCACUAUUGAUGUUUCACAUGUGGAACGAUCUAUAUCACUGCCGGUUUUUGGUGUAGUAUUGAGUGAAAAAGAAAAUUUAAUUAGGUGUUGAGAUUGUGUUAACAUUAAUUGAAAAAAGGUUUUGUAAUUAAUUAUGGCUGCAAUGUCUGUGAUAGGAAUUGAUUUCGGAAAUCAAUCAUCGUACGUUGCUGUUGCUAGAGCUGGCGGCAUUGAAACCAUUGCAAACGAUUAUAGUUUGCGAGCUACUCCAUCAUGUGUUGCGUUUAGCGACAAAUCAAGAAUUUUGGGAGUGGCUGCUAAAAACCAACAGAUCACAAAUCUCGAUAAUACAAUAAGUGGAUUCAAAAGAUUGUUGGGCAGGAAAUACAAUGAUCCCGCUGUUCAAGCUGAGCUGCGUGAACUGUCUUUUAAAACAGUUCAACAGAAGAAUGGUGGUAUUGGAAUUAAGGCCAACUUCCAAGGAGAAACACAUGUAUUCAGUCCUGAACAAAUAACAGCAAUGUUCUUCACUAAAUUGAAAGAUACUUCUGAAAUAGCUCUCAAAACAAAAGUCAACGACUGUGUGAUCUCUGUUCCGUCAUUCUUCACGGACGCCGAACGCAGAGCACUGUUGGACGCGGCAUCCAUAGCCGGGCUGAACGUGCUGCGACUGAUGAACGAGACGACGGCCACCGCACUCUCGUACGGCAUCUACAAAGAGGACUUGCCGCCGCCCGAGGAGAAGCCGCGCAACGUGAUCUUCGUCGACUGCGGCUACUCGUCGCUGCAGGUGUCGGCCUGUGCCUUCCACAAGGGCAAGCUGAAGAUGUUGGCCUGUGCCAGCGACCCCAACUUCGGCGGCCGCGACAUCGACCUCAUUCUCGCCGAGGAGUUCAACAAGAACUUCCAGCAGAAGUUCAAAGUCGACGCCCGCUCCAACCCUCGCGCUUUUCUGCGUCUCAUGAACGAAGUGGAAAAGUUCAAGAAGCAGAUGUCGGCCAAUUCCACCAAACUUUCGUUGUUCAUUGAUUGUUUUGUGGAUGACAAGGAUGUUUCUGGUGAUAUGAAGAGGGCUGACAUGGAAACUCUCUGCAGUCAUCUCUUACAAAGGGUGGAGAAAACUCUGAAGCAGUGCCUAGAUGAUUCCAAGUUGAAGUUGGAUGACAUAUAUGCGGUAGAGAUAGUUGGCGGCUCGACGCGUAUUCCGGCGAUCAAGCAGCUGAUCACGAACGUGUUCGGGAAGACGCCAAGCACCACACUUAACCAGGACGAGGCGGUUGCGCGAGGCUGUGCGUUGCAGUGCGCCAUGCUCUCGCCGGCCGUGCGCGUGCGCGAGUUCAACGUCACCGACAUACAGACCUAUCCCAUUAAACUUGUCUGGGACGCUGCUAUGGGCGAGAAUGGGGAAAUGGAAGUAUUCAGCCUCCAUCACGCAGUGCCAUUCAGUAAAAUGCUGACUUUCUACCGCAAAGAGCCGUUCUCCAUCAAAGCUUAUUAUUCCGGACAAAUUCCUUAUCCAGACCCAUAUAUUGGCGAGUUCGUGGUGAAGGAGGUGAAGCCGACGUCGACCGGCGAGAGUGCAAAAGUGAAGGUGAAGGUGCGUGUCAACGUGAACGGGGUGCUGACGGUGACGAGUGCGCGUCGCGAGGCACCCGCAGAGGCAGGAGACCAGCAGGAGGAGGCCGCCGGCCAGCCUGACGCCCCCAUGGACGCCAGUCCCAAGCAGGAUGCCCCCGCUCCCGCCUCUGUCCCCGACAACGAAAACAACACCGAAGAGGAACAAGAAAAGAAAGAGGAGAAGAAAUCAGGGAAGAAGAUUACUAUCACAGAACUUCCAAUCGAAUCUUUCACUAACGGCCUUUCAGUGGUAGAAAUUAAUAAUCUUCUGGAAAUGGAGUGUAAAAUGAUUGCCAGCGACAAACAAGAGAAGGAGCGUGUCGACACAAGAAAUGCUUUGGAAGAGUACAUCUACGAGCUGAGAGGUCAACUGAACGAAGAGCCGGUCAGUGACCCGAACGGCCGCCUUUCGCUCUGUCAGUUCGUCAAGGAAGCCGACCACCAAUCUCUCAUCAAACAGCUGGAUGGCUUGGAGACAUGGCUCUACGAGGACGGUGAUGAAUGCACUAGACAAAUUUAUGCUGAGAAAUUAUCUUCUUUAAAGAACAUUGGUGAACCGAUCAAGAUGCGGCAGCAGGAGCGCGAACAACGGCCGAUCGCCUUCAACGAGUUCGUGGCGUCGAUCCAGCAGGCGCUCGGAGUCACCGAACAGUUCCGAGCCGGCUCGAAGCUGUACAACCACCUGGUGGAAGCAGACGUGGCCAAGGUCGAGCAGUCUGUCAACACGGCCAGGAAGUGGGUCGAAGACAAACUUGCCGAGUCCAAAAAUUGUCCACUCAUUGAAAAUCCUGCCGUCACUGUAGCCCAGAUUAGGCAAGAGAGACUGAAUUUCGAACUAGAGGUUAGUCCGAUUCUGAAGAAGGCGAAACGGAAACCUGCGCCGGCUGCAAGCGAAGCGCCGAAUGAGAACGGACAGCAGCCGACUUCCGGUUCCGGUCAGGCCGACCAGCCGGCUGCCGGAGACCAGAAGCAGCAAACUGAGCAAAACUCGGCCGAAAAAAUGGACGUCGAAUAAAUUUAGAAACUAAUUUAUGAAUGUCACAUUGAAAAAUUCAAUAUCCAUUGUAAUAAUUGAAUAUUCUUUCUAGGUAUUUAUUUAUUGUACCAGAUGAUAUUAUUAUAAUACACCAGUAUUUGAGCUGAACAAGAAAAUUCCAACAGAUAAGCUUUUUUCUUCUACUCUUCUGUAAUUAAUUAAUAUUAAUUAUUGCAUCCUAAACUAUUUUCUCCUUGACUCACAGCUUUCCUUAAAAUGUAACCAGUGUACUAGUUUUAUUAAAUAAUUAUUGUGACUUGAAUCAUGUACAUUUUAUUAGUACCUUCUUACUGAAAUGACCUCAAUUAAAUUUCUGUCAUCACUUAUUAAAAUUUUUACUCGUUAUAAUUAUUCGAAGAUAAUUUGCAUUUAUUUUCUAGAAGAAUCGUUUUCUUUUUCACUUGAAUGUGUUGAAUAUAAAUUUUGUUAAUUUUCUUAUAGGUUGGGAAUAAUUUGUAUUAUAUAUUUUUCAACACUUUGUGAAUAAUUGGUAUCAUAAGUAGAUCUUGUUUGUCAAAUACCAAUAAAUCCAAUUCAAUUGGCA